AUGAAAGCCAUUGUGCUGGAUGGAGAACCUGGUAAAGCGUCCAUCGUGUAUGAUCAACCUGAUCCUCAAAUCCCCCCAGGAUAUAUUCUCGUCGACGUCAAAGCUGUGGCUUUGAACCCUACAGACUGGAAACACAUCGAUUUUGCCAAUACAAAAGAGGGUGCAUUGUCCGGCUGUGAUUUCGCCGGUGUGGUCGCCCAGACUGGUCAUUGGAUACACCAAAAGCUGGGAGAUCGGUAA